CUCCCUCAGUAUGGCAAACAUUUGCUUUCACAGAGCCUGGCUUUUCAAUCUACCCUCUCCCUCACUCCUCAUGCAGUGUUUGCCAAAAGCCAAAAGGCCAGGUUUAGGCAAAAACGGAAGGUUUCAGUCAUUUUUUCACGCAAAGUCAAUGUUCCCUCCCCUUCGACAAAAAACAGCCCAAACGUUCCUACUGGGAGGCCUGCGUGGCAUGUAAGUUGAAACAGGCUGAGAAAGAGAGUGGAUUUUUCAAGGAGCGCAAACACAAGUAGUUCACCAAAGACGAUUUCCUUCCAGAAUGCCAUGGUUCGUUUAAUCAGUUUUCCAUAAUCUACAGUUCUUGUGCCACUUCACAGGCUACAGGUCGCGGAUUAACAAAAAAAGCCUCGUGGUGACAUGCUACAAUGGAGCAGCAACAGAACCAUAACCCACAUGCUCUAGGAAUUCAGAGCAACCUCCUUUAUAAACCAGGCAUGGGCUAUCAGCAAGAUGCUCAGAGGCAUAUCCCAACGUACACCUACCACAGCCGACUAGCAGAUUUCCAAAUCGAGAAGAAAAUCGGCCGAGGACAGUUCAGCGAAGUGUAUCGAGCAACUUGCCUUCAUAAUGGAAAAGCAGUUGCACUAAAAAAAGUCCAGGUGUUUGAAAUGAUGGAUGCUAAAGCAAGACAAGACUGCAUCAAUGAGAUUGACCUUUUAAAGCAAUUGAAUCACCCCAACAUAAUUAAGUACACGGACUCAUUUAUUGAGGACAAUGAGCUGAACAUCGUUCUGGAGUUAGCAGAUGCAGGCGAUCUCUCUCAGAUGAUUAAGUACUUCAAAAAGCAAAAGAGGCUAAUCCCAGAAAGAACGAUAUGGAAAUAUUUUGUGCAGCUAUGCAGUGCAGUUGAACACAUGCACUCCCGAAGGGUGAUGCACAGAGACAUCAAGCCAGCAAAUGUGUUCAUAACUGCAACAGGAGCAGUCAAGCUGGGGGACCUAGGGCUGGGACGAUUUUUCAGCUCCAAAACCACAGCAGCACACUCUUUAGUUGGAACACCUUACUAUAUGUCCCCAGAGAGAAUACAUGAAAAUGGUUAUAACUUCAAAUCAGAUAUCUGGUCACUUGGCUGUUUAUUGUAUGAGAUGGCUGCACUCCAGAGUCCAUUUUAUGGAGAUAAAAUGAAUCUCUUCUCUCUCUGUAAAAAGAUCGAACAAUGUGACUACCCACCUCUUCCAGCGGAGCACUAUUCUGAAAAGUUAAGAGAGUUGGUGAUCAUGUGCAUCAAUGCUGAAGCAGAUCUUCGACCUGACAUUAGUUACAUGCAUCAGAUAGCCAAGCAGAUGCAUGGAUGGACACCAAGCACCUGAACAUGUUAAACUGGAUGGAAAUUUACAAAAGAACAAUUAUCUCACAAUCCUGCUUGAAUAUUGUUUUAAAAAAGUGAAACACCGCAGUGAUGAUUUCAAGAAAGCAGAAUUAUUAAUGGAAUAUAAUUGAGCCAUUUGAAGUUAGCAGCACUGUAAAGACUGAUACUGUUAGAUUAGCUUCCAGCAAUUGUAGGAUGGUUAAGCUCUGUUGUUUUGUCCAGUGAAAAAGAAAUUAUAAAGUCUUCAUGGUUCCAUGUUACUUUAGAAAAAUAUAUUUAUGGAUGUACUUUCUAAUUUCGUACACAUCUCUUUAUAAAUUACGAUAAUGUAAAGGUAAAAUACAUGAGAUUGUGCUUAGACCAAACAAAAAUCAGAACAUGCUACAGGUUUCGACAUAUCGAUAAAGAUUACAAACAAGAUAUGCUCAACUGGACAGAAAAAUAAAUGAUCUAUAAAUAAUAAUAAAAGUUGAUAGUUUUACUAACGUUAAUUUAGAAAGAAACAAAUCUACUUCUCUUUUCACUUAUUUAGCAUAUUUCCACUGUGGCUGUGUACAAGGCAUAAUGUCUUUGUAGGCAAUUACUCAAGUAGCAGUAUUGUAAUGAAAUUUAAUUCAUUUCUGCCUUGUUGGGACUUGACACUAUGUACCUAGACUUUACCUAAAUUACAGCAACAGAUAUUAUUUUAGCAGUGAUUUACAUAUUGUCUUGUCCAAUGGAAUAUUCUGUGUGAUCAGCUUUCAGGUAUUUAGUUGGAAACUCUAAACUUUAUAAACAUUAGCUAUCGGGAGCAGAAUUAGACCACUUGGCCCAUCAAGUUUGCCCCACCAUUCAAUCAUGGCUAAUUGUGGCUGAUCAGGAUUAAAAUUUAUUUGUGAGUUGGUGAUCAUGUGCAUUAGGAUUAGAACUUUGUGUGUUUUUAUUAUGGCCAAUAAUGCAGCAUCUGGAAAACAUGUUGCAGUAGGCCAAACAUUUUUUUUUGAUUACUGAGCUUCUAGAUUUUAAAGCUAUUAUUAGCUGUUAUCCACUCUUUCAAUAAUAUUUACAGGAAAAGUCCAGUUUAUUUUGUGUGGAUAAAAUCAAGAGAAUUUUACUUAGUGAUAUGAUGCAAGUGUGUUGGCAUCAGAUAUACCAUCUAAGCUUCUGUGCUUUUCAGCCUCAGAGCAGAGUCCACUUUUUUUGCUUCCUCUUUGCCAUGUCUAAACUAGUUCACUUCUAUCACUAUCAGUAUGUGGUUUAGACUAUUCUGCAAUUCUUUUGUAAUACCUUUACAUACAUUUAAAUAAAAGU